GGUUCCAUUUGGGUUUGCGGGGGUGGCGUGAUGGCUGAAAAUGGUGGGGGAUCGGAGGUAGGGGAAGACGUGAGUGUAUCUGCGAGUGCUACUCCUUCUAGGACGGCACAAAAUCAGACUGAAGGGUCAACUAAGAGUGCUGGAAAGGAGGCAUGGAAUCAAGGGGGAGCAGAAAUGAUGACUCAUAUAUCCAGACCAUUAGAAAUUGUUCCAUUAGAUGAGGGGAUAAACCCUAGCUGUAUGGAGUUUGUAGUGGAAGGACAUGAAGCUAUGAUGGUGACUGAAUCCCUAAAUUUCUGUGAUACUCCAAGUCAAGUGAUGGUGACAAAAGGCAAGGAAAAAGUAGUGGAUGCGGGGAAGUCUAGGGCUACCUGGAGGAGAAAUCAUGCAAAUGCAGGGAGAUUACUGAGGAUGGCUGAGGUAAAGGGGGAGAAAGGAAACGGUGGUGAAGGUUCUAAGCCCUGUAAGAGAAGCAGGGAACUGAAAAGGUUCUCAUUUGAUAAAUCUUGGGCUGGGAUGGAAGGUGCACAAGAGGCAGUCAAAGAUGGAUGGCAGAUUGAUGUUGAGGGUUCUUCUAUGUUUCAACUGUCUGAUCAUAAAUGGCUACCUGGUGUGGCUGGGGGGAAGCCUUCUCUUAAGGUUUCUAUAAAUGAGCAAAUGUUCUGGGUGAAAGACCUGUUGAUUGCUGGGGGUUGUAGGUGGGAUGUAAACCUG